UAAAGAUUUCUGUAACUAAAACCUAAAACCAAACCAAAUACAGAUCAAUGUAACAUAACUGUGAACAUAACCUUAUAUACUGUUCAUUUAUUUCUGUGAUUUAUUUUGAAACUGUGUUUUGAAAUUAAAGCUGAAAAGUAAAAAUAUUAGGUGGCAAAAGAAAAUGAUAACUCCACGAUUUAAACUAACUCAAGAUGAUAACUUUGUUUUCAUUAAUAUUCGUGCCCCUUACUCCAAUUUACGUGAAUUGGAUAUAUAUGUUGAUGAAAACGUAUUCCUUUUCUCUUGUAAACCGUAUUAUCUAAGAUUAAUUUUACCAGGAAACAUAAUAGAAAAUGAGCGGAUGAAAACUUCAUUUGAUACCGAUUUAGGAGAGUUUUCUUUUACGUGUCCCAAGCAGAAUCCAGGUGAACAUUUUAAAGAUCUUGAUCUUAUUACAAAAUUAUUAGUACCGAAAGUGGAAGCUCAAUUAAAUGAAGGUACUAUUAAUAUAGAAGUGCUGUCUGAAAACGUCAAUGAUAACGAUGUUAAUAUAAAUAACUGUGAAGACCAUCUUAACAAUGAUAAUAUCGACAGAACUAACUUGAACUAUGGAUUUGGAUUUGCUUUAAGAGCCAGGAAAGAUUUUGUCAAGAUCAGUUCAAUGUUUGAUGAUGUUUUUGAAAUAGACCCUUGUCAGGUUGCGCUACUAGAAAGGCGUAAACUUAGAAUACAGUAUGAACAAGGGAAAUUCAAUGUAGAUCAUUAUAUAGCGGAUUUUAGUGAAGAUGCUGAAAUAAACGAGAUAAUUGCAUUGCAGUCUCCUUGGGCUCGGUUAAGUAAAUCAGAUUUUAGUUUUACUGAUCAUGAAUUAGAUUUCUUAAAGGAUCUUCCAAACAUACAAUACUGUAUAAGUGAAGAACAAAAUAACUAUUGUAUGAAUGGCCUCCUUGAUAUAUUAUUUGCAUAUUGUUAUGACCAAAGAUCUACAUGUUUUGAGAAGAAUAUAGAAUCUGGCUGGACCAUUGUUAAACUUGCAGCCACAUUAAACUGGCUUGAUGUUUUUGAUUCACCCAAAGAAGCAUUAACCACUUCGUUUAGACGUAGUGUCAUUUACCCUUUAUACCGAAAUUUUAAUUUAAGUCAGAAAGUGUUUGAAGACCUGAAACAUAUUAUUAGUUUAGAUGAAAGGUAUAUUAUAAGAAUUUUAAUAGACAUCCACCAAAUAUUUUUGAAGGGUGAUUGUUGCCGUUAUAUAUUGAACAAUUUAUUUAUUAGAGAUUAUAUAACAUACAUUAUGAAAUGGCAUAAAGAUUUAUGGCAAUCUUUAGUACAGGAAACAUUAAAACUUGAAAUUAGGAAAGAAGAUCUUGGACUCAAUCUACAAGAAAUUGAAAAUGAUUUUAAAUUACAUGAGAAAUUUGCUGCGAUGAAAUUAGAUGUGGAAAGAGAUAGUGACGAUUCUGAAUAUACAUCAUCCGAAGACACGUCUGAUGAUUCUUCUAGUUCGGAAUAUUCUACAGACUCUGAAACUGACUCUGAUGAUUAUUCAGAUCCAGCAUAUAAUUUACCAGAACACUUAAAAUAGAAUUUUUUUUGUUUAAUAACUGUUUUGUUUAUAUUGUAUAGAUGUAUGGAUAAGUGUUUAAUGUUCAGUGCAAUUUUGUGAGGCUUAUAUAAAUGUAAAAUAAAUUGUGAAUAA